ACGCGGUUGUUGAAACUAAAAAUCUAAAAAGCUCUUUGUUUUCCCUGGUCAGUUUUACAAAUGGCGGCCAUUUCGAAGGCAUGAUACUGACCUACUUCCAGUGACUUUUGUAACAUUUAACACCGAUGCCUUACCCGGUGGAUAGAUUUUGGUUUUGAACGAUUUCUAUGACAUUCUGUCCAAUAAUGGAUCUAUUGGAAUUGUAUAAAGAAGCAGCAGAGUGGUGAGUUGAGCUCCUCCGACUUCUUCUACUCUUAAUCUUUAUACAGUAAAUACAGCAAUGUAGACUGCAGACUGUAUAUGACACAGCAGGGAAAGCUUAUACGCUCAUUGAAGCUGCAAAUGAGUGCCAAAAGACCGCCAAUGUGGACAUUGACCUACUUGUGGAGAAUUGCGAGCGAUGUUCCGCCAUGAUUACUCGAAUCAGGAAGAAGGAGACGGAUCCAAUAAGAAACGCAGCCCUGUCAGAACUGCUGAGGUCCAUGGACUACCAGAUGCAGAUCCUCCACACCAAACAGAAACAGCUGACCAGCACCAGACUGGUACCUGAUGGACACUCCACUCAACCCUGUCGUGCAGAUACUCCGGUCACUAAGAAACAACCUGAUGACAGAAGGACAAGCAGGAGGAUCUCCAUUGAAGAUGCCAUCGUGCCCAAGGGGUCCCUAAGGUUCCAGGAUGUGGCCGGGCUGGAAGAAGCCAAGCAAGCUCUGAGAGAGGCCAUCAUUCUUCCCCUGCAGUACCCACACUUGUUUACAGGUGCUAGAAAGCCAUGGAGAAGGAUCCUCUUGUAUGGACCACCUGGUACAGGAAAGUCUCGACUGGCCCAUGCCUUGUCUUCAGAGAUAGACUCCACCUUCUACUGCGUGUCCAGUUCUGACCUCAUCUCUAGCUGGGUGGGAGAGAGUGAAAAGUUGAUAAAAGAAUUGUUCCAGCAGGCAGCAUACAGAAAGGGCACAUCAGUUAUUUUCAUCGAUGAAAUCGACAGCAUCUGUCGGAAGAGAACGAGUCGCGAGGAGGAGCACACGAGGCGCGUGAAGACGGAGCUGCUGCGGCAGAUGGAGGGGGCAGACACAUCGGCGCUGUCCGAGAAAAUCUUCCUGAUGUGUGCCACCAACUGUCCCUGGGAACUGGACUCAGCCUUCCUGCGCAGGUUUCAGAGAAGGAUCUACGUCCCCCUCCCAGACAGGGAGGCCAGGAAGUCCCUGCUGCAGAUCCACACCAGUCAGAACAGGGUCCAGCUGACAGAGCUGGAGUGGGGCCAGCUGGCUGACAGGACUCAGGGGUACUCAGGCAGUGACAUCGCCACCGUCAUCCUGGCCGCGCUGUUUGAACCAAUCAGAGACCUGCAGCUGGCCACACACUGGAGACAGACUACAGGUGAUCAGUGGACCCCUUGUGACAGUCAGGAUGUAGGAGCUGUGAAGGGAAGACUGGGAGAGAUGCCAUCUGAUCAGGUAGUGCCCCGUGACGUCUGUCUACAAGACUUUGUGAAGUCCCUAGCUGCAGCGCACAACACCGUCAGCCAGGGGGAGCUGCAAAAGUUCCAUGACUUCAGCAGCAGCUUAGGUUGAGAACCCAACACUAUCUACUGCAACAACAACGCCAAGCCAAGAAACAAAGUAUACAACCGUUGUAAUAAAGUUUAAUUUUGAAGAAAUUUUAUGCUUGUCAAACAAGCAAUGUUAAUUAUGAAGUCAAGUAGUGUAUGUGUUUCACUCUAUGUUUCAAUGUUCUAAACAAAAAAUUAUAAGGUUAAGACUUAAGUUAUGAUAUUAUGUAGUUUUGUAACACAUUGCACAUUAUGAAAUAGUAUUAUUAUGAUACUAAGUUGUUACUUUACACAUUGUAUUCUGUCACUUCAGUGUUAUAAACAAAGGAUUUUAAAGUGAAUUUCAAACCUGUUUGGCCCUGUUGACAUGUUUUUUACUUAUAUGGACAUUAUUUAACGUAAUACAGUUGUUCCAUUGCAAGUAGAUUGACAAGUCAUGGAAGCUCUGUUGGAAGUUUUCUCGUCAUAGCCUGGUUUCCAAACCUAUACACCUUUUCCAUACAGCAGACAUGACAGCAGAAAUAAUGUUAAUGAGACAAACAAACAGGUUAUUUAUAGAAUCAGCUCCCGUUCAGUUUUUCUCCCAACUACAUACACUAAGUUUCUAGAUAUAAGCUCAAAUAAUAAAUAUUGUAAGUAGUGCUAUGCAUGGAAAAGAUUCUCUUCAAGUUGAAGUAGCUUGGGUACAUCCUCAUUAGUUUAAACCUGCCCCCAUAUUAUGGUGCUCUCACUGCAUUGUUGAGAAUGUACAUUUUGUACAUGUAUUACUAACAAUGGUGAGAACACACUAGUGAGAGAGCAAGCAUAACUAAUGAAGGAUUGAUACCUAAGCUACAUGUACUUCAACCUUUAUUUUGCAACAGAAGUCAAAACUGGACUGUACACAUGGUGAGCUUGCAGAAUUCUGGUCAUGUUUUCAAUACAGUCGCAAAUUUUAUGUCCACACACAAAUACUAUUACAUCAUUCACUCAUAUUAAAAUACAUCAAAUGAGUUGGUAAUAAAAAUCUAUGUUGACAA